CCAACUCUGCCAUUUGCGCGUCGGUAGGCAGCCAGUAGUGUUACAACUGAUUCUCCCUCGUCAACACGUACACCGUUAAUCCACGGAUUUUCAUUAUCCAAGUGUGUUUUACGAUUUAUAAAACAAAACCCAAGUGCUUCCACUGUUAAUUUAUCAAUAUAAUUAUCAAUAUCAACACAUCAUAAUGGCAGACGUUGAGACAAAGGAAACCACAGUUGCUUCGCCAGAGAAGAAAGUAGUGGAGGAGGUUAUUGAGAAGAAAGAGAAAGAAGUUAAGGAAGUAGAGGAGGUGGACGAGGAUUCAAGGGCAUCUGAGAAUGGUGAUGCCAAAGAGGUCAAAGAAAAUGGUGAGGAGAAGCCAGUCGAGGAGAAGGAGCCAGAGUCCACGGAGAACGGUGAUUCCACAGAUGCCCCGGCCGAUGCCUGCUGCAUAAAGAGGAAAUCAACAGCGGGUGUUGAGGCCAGUGCAGAUGCACCAGAUGGCGUAAGUCCCGAGAAGAAAGCUAAAAUCGAGGAGAAACCAGUGGAAACUGCCGAGAGCAACGGUGAAACAGAGACCGCGGCCUAAUAUAUCAAAAAAAUAAAUACUAAAACAUUAACAACAAACCAUCCCCCUACACUUUAAUGGACAUUAUCACACAUACAAGCGUGGAGUCAGAACAUUGAAAAUAAUUAUUUCAUCGUCGACGCAUCGGAGAAAAACCGUGAAAAAUAAUAUACAAAAGAUUUUUAUUAAUUAAUCUUGUCCAGUUUUCUCAACAAAAGAACAAUAAAGUUGUACUUAAAAUGCGAGCACUUGGUCUACGAUGAUUAAAUUUGAUAAAUAAAUGUGAAUUGUGUACAUGCAUUGUUGCAGUAUAAUUUAAUAUAUUAUUUUUCAUUUUCCCAGGCGUUUUCUCCGAUGCACAAAUUUACACACACACAGACACAUUUAAACCCGUUAUAUUGUUACAAUUUUGAGAUGAAAAUGAUAAAAGUUUGGUGGAUAUUUAUCCAUUGACUAUAUUUGUAAUUCGGAGAGUUGAAUUUUUGAUGCGGUGCUGUAAGGGGUCCGAUUCUUAUCAAAUGCCGAAUUAAUGAUAAAAAAAAAGAUAUAAAUUUUAAAGAUUUAAAAAAGUCUAUGUGCACGGCAUUAAUGGUAAAGAUAGUUAUUUUUCUGCGAAACUAAAUACAUUCCUGUAUUACAAAAAUGACAAUUUGGCGAUAAAAACAGAAUAGUUUAUGUAAUGACAACCUUUUGAGACAUAAUAUAAUUUUUUCACGAAAAUAUCUUUUUCCAUUAUAUCACUUAAUCGUUUGAGAAUUAUUAUUCAGUUUAAGACUGGUUACUCUCAAAUUAAUUGGGAUAUUAAUGGUGUUUAUCCAGUAGGAAAUCGACUUUCCUUGACAAAUCAUUAAAAAAAAACUUGAGACAACUGAAACAAGUUGUUGUUCGUUGUGUAUUAAUGUGAAAAUGUGUAGGUUUGACAUUAGACAAUUUUUCGACAAAAAAGUAAUGAUUCUUUUAUUCUUCUUCUCAUAAUUAUCAUUAAGUUCAUUCUCUUUAUUUACAUAUUUUUCGUUUGAAUCAAAUACUUCAGAUAAUAGUACUUUAUUUAUUGAUUCAAAGUUCAUUUUCAGUUAGUUUUUUCAUUAUUUUUGAGGAAGAAGCUAAUGGUGCAAUUGCGCAGCUAAGAAUGCAAACUUCAUUAUUUCUGACUUGUAACAGUUAAUUAAACAGAUGUUAUAUUGCAGGAACGUAAUAAAUGUGUAAUAAAAUA